CCGUCUCUUUGCUGCCAGCAUGCAAGCCUAGGCCAAUUGGGGAGAGAAGGAUCCAAGGGUUUCCCAGCCAUGCCGAAGAGGUUCUACGAUGACUACUCUGACAUGUACCUGAAGAACAGUAGCCUGGCUGGGCGCAAGCAGCACAUGAGCGGUCGCCGCCAUAUCAACAACAAGAUCGAGUACUGGCAGAUGCUGAUUCGUGAGAAAGGUCUGACGCCUCCAAUCUACCCUCCCCCUCCUGGAAUGGUGCUUCCCAUGCCCCGAAUGGCUGCAAAUCCACCCGUCGGAGGACCUGCUGGACUUCCCAAGCUUGGCGCGCUGCCAGGCAUGCCAGGAUUGCCAGGUAUGCUGCCUGGACUUGGCCUUUCAGGAUUGAUGCCUGGACUGCCUGGAAAUCUAGGAUUGCCUGGCAUGCCAAAGGCUGGUGCAGUACCAGGAAUGGCCUAG